AUGGCCAAGUAUCGAGUGUAUAACCGCCGCCAGCAGGGCCUCGCCGAGACCACUCGGUUGAUCCUUGAGAUCAGUGGCGCCGAGUAUGAGAACUUGUUUCCUGAGGCAAGGACGUUAUCCAUGGCGCAUCACAACCAUUAUCUAACGCGGCACCGUAGGACUGGGAAAAAGAAAAAGGUUCAACCCCGCUUGGACAAUUGCCCGUUCUCCAUGUCCAAGGGAAUACAGGCAAAUGGGUACAUGGCUUUGUUGAAGAUAGAAUCCAUUGCUGAGAGCCAUUCCAUGGAGCGUUUCCUCGCAGCGAACCUCGGACUCCUUGGUUCAACCCCGGUAGAAGCGGCCGUGUUGGACAUGUAUCAUGCAGCUUGGAGCGAUAUGAUUGCUAUGUUCAUGUGGAAGGUUUGGCGAGAAAGCGAUCAGGAUGCCAAGAAGCGCGGCGCUGCAGAGUUCUGGCUUUUGUUUCCCAAGUUCCUCGAGACGCACGAGAAAAUACUGGCCAGCAGGGGUCCAUUUUACGGAGGAGACCAGCCAUCGUUACCCGACAUUUAUGCCUUUACCUGGCUGAAUCGUUUCAUAACUGAGUGGAUUCCGUCUCCUCCCGGCUCUAUCACGGAAGACAAGUAUCCGCGAAUGUGGGAGCUUUGGAGGGGUAUCAGGGAGAACAUCAGGAUCAAAGACUAUUUUGAGAGUGGGCGGUGGCAGCUCAAAGAGUAA